AUGGAAUGUAACAAAGAUGAAGCUGUCCGGGCCAAAGAAAUUGCUGAGAAGAAAUUAACCGAGAAGGACAUUACUGGAGCUCUAAAAUUUGCUUUGAAGGCUCAAAAGAUGUAUCCAGGCCUUGAUGGUCUUUCUCAGUUUCUGGAAGUGGUCAAUGUGUAUGUUGCUCAUGAGAAGAAAACUCGUGGUGAAGUGGAUUUUUACGGUGUCCUUUCUCUGGAGCCCUCAGCUGAUGAUGAAGCAGUAAGGAAACAAUACAAAAAGCUUGCUCUAGCUCUUCACCCUGAUAAAAAUAAAUCCGUUGGGGCAGAUGGGGCGUUUAAGAUUGUAUCUGAAGCAUGGAGUGCAUUGUAUGAUAGAUCAAAAAGAAUGAUGUCUGACAAAAAACGUAAACCCAUAACGACAUAUUCAAGAAAGAAGAAGAAGGCAGAAACAAGUACUCAUUGA